CCCACAUCCACAUCCCAGUAUCCCCUCCCCGAGCCUCUUCAAGUUGAGUGCGACAAAGGAGAGCGGAGAGCAGAAUCGUCCUUCCCCUCGAUCCAUCACAUUAGAUUGACGAAGAGGAGGAAGAAUAACGAAAGAGACGCGAGACGAGAUCUCCGAUGGCAUCGAGGCUCGGCUCUCUCCCUCCACAGCUCGCCUCUACGUCUCUCCAUCACCACCGGCACCAUCUCCGCCGCCCGCAGUGCUCCGGGCAGGCUUCCCUCUCCUGGCGCCGCGCGGUAGCGCCAGCGCAGCUCGAUCUCAUCUCUGUUUCUACAUCUCCGGGCAGAUGUUUUGCACCAAUGCUGGUUAAAUGUAAUGCUCAGACAGCUGUUGCGACAAGCCUGUCACAGGGAACUCCUGUUAGACCAACGAGCAUACUGGUGGUUGGGGCUACUGGAACUCUGGGACGCCAGGUUGUUAGAAGGGCAUUAGAUGAAGGCUAUGAUGUUAGAUGUCUUGUAAGACCUCGACCAGCUCCUGCAGACUUCCUGAGGGAUUGGGGUGCUAUAGUUGUCAAUGGUGAUCUCAGCAAACCAGAGACCAUACCUGCAACUCUUGUUGGUGUCCACACGGUAAUUGAUUGUGCAACUGGACGCCCAGAAGAGCCUAUCAGCACAGUAGAUUGGGAAGGAAAAGUUGCUCUAAUCCAGUGUGCAAAAGCCAUGGGCAUUCAGAAGUAUGUAUUCUAUUCUAUCCACAAUUGUGAUAAGCAUCCUGAGGUACCUUUGAUGGAAAUCAAGCAUUGUACUGAGAAAUUUCUUCAGGAUUCUGGUCUAAACUACCUUAUAAUUCGAUUAUGUGGCUUCAUGCAGGGCCUUAUCGGGCAGUAUGCUGUUCCAAUACUAGAAGAGAAGUCAGUCUGGGGAACUGAUGCUCCAACUCGAAUAGCUUACAUGGACACCCAAGAUAUAUCUCGACUGACAUUUAUAGCUAUGCGUAAUGAGAAGAUAAAUAAGGAACUUCUAACUUUUGCAGGACCUCGUGCAUGGACAACUCAAGAGGUGAUUACCUUGUGCGAGAGACUCGCAGGGCAAGAUGCAAAUGUUACCACUGUCCCUGUCUCGAUCCUCAAGUUCACUCGGCAGCUGACUCGACUUUUCCAAUGGACCAAUGAUGUAGCUGACAGAUUGGCAUUCUCAGAGGUCCUCUCCAGCGACAUAGUUUUCUCGGUUCCGAUGACGGAGACGUAUAACCUCCUUGGUGUGGAUCAGAAAGACAUUGUGACGCUAGAGAGGUACUUGCAAGACUACUUCACGAAUAUCUUGAAGAAACUGAAGGAUCUUAAAGCACAAUCAAAGCAAACAGACAUAUUUCUGUGAGUACAUGUUCUAUCAUUUUGAGGAAGAGAUCACUGUAUUCUUCAACCCACAUUAGAUUCAUUACCUUGAAGAAUGUAAAGCUAAUCUUGAGGCUUGUGAGCUCGUAAUUAUAAAUACAGUUUGUCAGAUGAAAA